AUGCUCGCUAGAUCAGCUUGCCCCCGCUGCCUACUGCAGCCGACAUUACAGGGAAGCGUGCGGCGCUUCUCAUUAUCUGCAGCGCGAGGGAACAGCAACAUACAAGGACCCUUAGCUGGUAUUACUGUUGUCAGCCUCGAGCAGGCGAUUUCGGCCCCGUUCUGUACCCGUCAACUGGCCGAUCUGGGUGCGCGGGUGAUAAAAGUCGAACGACCGGGUGUGGGCGACUUUGCGCGCGGAUAUGAUACAAGAGUCAACGGGCUCGCCUCACACUUUGUCUGGACGAAUCGAUCGAAAGAGAGUCUGGCCUUGGACGUGAAGAAGCCCGAAGACUAUGAUAUCUUGCUGCGCCUGGUCAGCAAGGCGGAUGUACUCGUACAGAAUCUCGCCCCCGGGGCCAGCGCAAGACUAGGUCUCUCAUUCGAGACUCUGAAAGAAAAGCAUCCGUCUCUUAUCGUCUGCGACAUCUCCGGCUACGGCCAAGACGGACCCUAUCGAGACAAGAAAGCCUACGAUCUCCUCGUGCAAAGCGAAGCGGGCAUGCUAUCCGUCACAGGCACGGGCAAAGAACCUGCCAAAGUGGGCAUCUCAAUCGCGGAUAUCGCAUCAGGCAUGUACGCCUACAGCAGCAUCCUGGCUGCCCUGAUGCAGCGCUCCAAGACAGGCCGCGGAUCCCAGAUCGACAUCUCCAUGCUCGAGAGCAUGGUCGAGUGGAUGGGCUUCCCCAUGUACUACGCCUUUAAUGGCGCGCCUGGCCCAGUACCAGCCGGUGCCUCCCAUGCCUCCAUAUACCCCUACGGCCCCUUUGAAACAGGAAAUGGCUCCGUGAUGCUGGGAAUCCAGAACGAGCGGGAAUGGGCGAACUUCUGCACCCUUGUCCUGUCACAGCCUGAUCUUGCCCAGGAUCCCCGCUUCUCAAAUAACUCGCUGCGUGUACAAAACCGCGAGGUGCUCAAGGAGAUUAUACAGGAGUCUUUUGCUGGUAUAACUGCCGAGGAAGCUACGCGCCGGCUCGAUAAAGCUGCUAUCGCUAACGCGAAUGUGAAUGACAUGCAGGGGGUAUGGGAACAUGCACAGUUCAAGGCGAGGAAUCGGUGGACGGAGGUGAAGACGUCUAAGGGGGUUGUACCGGCUCUUCUUCCGCCUGGGUUUAGUCCGCAGGGAGAGUUUCGACCUCGGAUGGAUGCUGUGCCGGAGGUUGGAGAGCACAACGAAUCGAUUCUCGCGGAGUUAGGGAUCAAGCGGAAAUGA